GUAACAGGGAAUUUCCCUAUUUGUUUUAUGCAUGAACAAAUUUGGGGAUCUCGCUGGCUUAUCGGAAUAUCGAGGCGUUUCCUGAUGAUUUUGGUCCGCCGAGGGAUGCAGAAGAUAUCAGGGAAAGUGUUCACUGAUAAAAUCGCAAACUGCGAUCCCCGAUAAAUCCAACCGUUUAAGAGUUCCUUAGGUGACCAUAUUAUUAUGCCAAACACGUAAAUCCACUGACAUUUUUGAGUAGAGAGCCAGUUCAGGAAAAUGUAAUCGUCGAAGUACACGCCCCACCUGAAUCGCCGCUGCGCCAGGAUACGAAAAUUCCAAUGGAAAAAGAACCUUUGAUUGCCGAGGCCGUGCCAUCGUCAACGAUGAUUCCCGAAAUUCUAAUUGAACAGAUAAUCGAUGUGUCACCUAAACCUGCGAAACCAGAGAGUUUACCAGAAUUACCACCGGUUGUCUCCGACAGGUCAGAACCAGUAAUACCCCCACCUGAAGAGGAAGUGGUGGUGCGGCGGAAAAUUAAGACUCGAAAAUUUUCCAAUUUUUUAAGGAUACAAGAGCGAACAAAGUUUUAUAUUAUCCGGCCCAGAGAGAUUCCUGUUGAAGAUCCCCUCCCUAAAUUAGUAGCAGCCAUGCCGAGAUUCGUGUUACCGAAGGAUCUAUGGCCUUCGGCCGAUGUUGAUGUUAACAUGGUAACAGAGGAGACGGCGAUGAUCCAGAAAAGAGCUGGUCCGGCGACCGCUUCGUCGUCGCUCGUUGUACCAAAGUCCGUGGAUACCGUCACCACGCCCACAAUCCUGGGUAUAGGUACGCCGCUGACACCUCGUGGUCUGUCCGUUGUCGAGUCGACGCCUAGAGGCGUCAAAAGAUCGUACCCGCGCGAUCAGACGGUUACAUCGGAUAUAGCAGCAGCGGCAUCGGCGGCGACGACCGAAGCAGUGACGCCGUGCAAGCGGGCUAAAGUGGUGUCGAUCGAGGAAGUGCACGUAGAACCGCCCAAGGAAGUACCUAGCGAAGUGGCGGAAAUCGAACAAUUCCUUCAGACAGACACGCGACAGCCCGUGGUGGUGGAAACCCAAUCGCCGCCGGAAUCGUGGAAAGAAUUGGAGCGACUCGCUCAGUGGGAAGCAAGGACUGCAGAAAAAUCCGAAAGAAGGUUGGAGCAAAUAAUGGAGGUGGUAAUGAAUUGGCCCGAGGAAAGAGGUGAACUGACUCCGAUCGAAUUGUGCAAAGCGAUGAACAACAAGGUGAACAAGAUGAAUAUGGCUGCAAUUUUUGGUUCCCUUCUUGUAUUAGCCAAAUACCUGAAGAUCGAGCUACACUCCGAGCCAGAUUCAUGUGAACUAAGAUGCAUUACUCAACGCUCACGCGUAAUUUGAACAUAUUUAAGAAUAAGUCAAUUAAAUAUUGUUUUUAAGUUAAAAAAUU